AUGUCCGAGAUAUCUUCCAUUUCUACCUCUACUACGGCAACAGAGGACUCACCCACAUUGGCUCAUGUGAUUAAAAGCAAAAAAAAAAUUAAUGGCCGUGCUUUUCUAAAGAUUACCAAAGAAGAGCUUCAUGAUUAUGGAAUGCCAGGUGGGCCGGUGUUAAAUCUGGCGGACUUCGCUAAGAACCUUAGUAAACGAAAGUUAAGAGCGUAUUCAUUAUACAAAAGUCUUAAAGAAGUGUUGAGAAAAUUUGGACUAGAUAGUGAUGGUACUGAAUCAAUUCCACUGUUCAAAAUAGCUAAAGUAAUCUGCGAGAUUCAAAAUUCUGAUAAGCAUUUCGCACAUUGCAUGGCAGAAAUUAUGGUUAGGCUAAAAAAUUAUAGGUCAUUGGCUGUGGAUAGUUUAGAAGCCAUGCGUAAUGAAUAUGUCGUGGCAAUUCUUCAUACUGCUCUCAAUAUUGCUAGAGACGAUACGCAAAAAAAAUUUAGUAUGAGGCCUCAGUAUGAAAUUGUUGGAAACAAAAGUACUGG